AUGUUAACUCGAAGACGGGAUGAAACUUCAGACACCAAUAUUGGAUCGCCUAAAAGGCUUCGUGUUGUAGAAUCAGAGCAAGAUGCUCAAUACAAUACUUAUUGCUCUACGUUAUCAUCUGCAAAUACCUUUUCUAUUCCACCAAUUUCUUCAGUUGAUGACCCUAAGUUUGUUAAUCAAGAGUUUUCGUCUGACCUUGUAGAGCGAUCUAGUUUAUCCAUGACUCAUGGACAAGAAGAACUUAUUUUGAAUAAAGAAUCUACUUUAUCUACUCAGGAAAUACACGAAUUGAAUAAGCUAAAGAUUCUGGCGCACAAUGAACAUAACAAUACGAUCAUAAAUCCUGAUAAUCUAACAACUGUCGCUAAUGGCUCCACUGACGGAGAAUAUACAUCAACAACUACACAUUCUUUAAAUGACCAUCUUGAUGACGCAAUCAGCGAUGAGACCUCAUCCCUUGACGAAAUAAUUGAUAAUAUAAAUCAUAUAACAGAUGAAGAUGAUGAAGAACCAACAACCCCUGAAACCGAAGAUUCAAUCAUCUUAAAUGAUGAAGAACGCGAACGUUUUAAAAAAGAAGCUAAAGAGAAAGGCACACACAAAUUUGUUCAAGAGUUUUUCUUUGAAAAUCGGGUUCCGAUUAGAAAACUAUUUUCCGCUUUUGAUUACCAAUUGCCAUCAAAAAUAACAGGUCUUUCCGAUACGCAAUUACUACCCAUACUUCAUAAAGUAAUUACAAAAUAUCUUCGACAGCGACAAAAACUAGCAGAUGUCAAUACGAUGGACGAUGUUGUAAGGCUUUUGCAACAAUCGAAGAAUAUAAUGGUUUUAACAGAAUUGGCUUAUCAGGUAUCCGUAUCAUGUGGCAUACCAGACUUUCGUUCAGAGAAUGGAAUCUACUCUCGGUUAUCAGAAUUUGAUUUAGAUGACCCGCAGGAUAUGUUUGAUAUAAAUUACUUCAAAGACUGCCCUGAAGUUUUCUACUCUUUUGCAAAGGAAAUAUUCCCAAGCAAUUUUAAACCGUCCACAUCACAUUGCUUUGUAAAACUUUUAGAAGAGAAAGGUAAACUAUUGAGAAAUUAUACGCAAAAUAUCGACACUUUGGAACAAGCUACCGGAAUAAAAAAAGUUUUACAAUGCCAUGGAUCAUUUGCCACUGCAAGUUGUAUUAACUGCGGCUAUAAAGUCGAUGGCGAAGUGAUCAAAGAAGACAUCUUGGCGAAACGAGUACCUUAUUGCUCUCGAUGUCGCCUAACAAAUAACGACGAAGACAUCGAAAACUCUGGCUCUAUUAUGAAACCAGAUAUCGUUUUCUUCGGCGAGAAAUUGCCACCUGAAUUCGAUGAACUUUUCCCUGAGGACCGUGAAAAAGUUGAUCUUUUAAUAGUGAUGGGUAGCAGCUUAAAAGUUGCCCCCGUUAGUGAAAUAAUGGGUCAAAUACCUCACCGAAUUCCUCAAAUUGUUAUUAAUCGUACCCCGAUCAAACAUAUGCACUUUGACGUGCAAUUACUUGGUGAUUGUGAUAUAAUUAUCCCCGAACUCUGUCGUUUACUUGAUUGGGAAAUCAUUCAUGAAAAAUUACCGGGAGGAUCCACAAAGACGACUCCUGCAACCUCAUAUCAAUUUGUUGAGCCGAAUAUUUAUUUAUUUGAAGGUGCCGUGGUGAAACCAGGCGAAUUAGUCGGUGGAGAUGUUGGUGUUUGUAAUGACAAUGAAAGAAGUGUUACGGCGGAAGUUGACGAUGACCAAGUGGUAGAUGUUGUCGGUCAAACUGUAGUAGAAACAGGCGGGAAUUGCCUCAACGGCUCGGUUGUUUCUCAAAAAAGAACGACAUAUAGUCAAAAGCAGCUGAUCCGGGAAUUGAGCCGUUGA